AGCAAAACCAGGCCGGCUCAGAAACUGCGGCUUCAGUGUGACACGGAUAGAGCGAGUGAGGGUACCUUCACAGCGUCUUCUUCAUCACUGGCAUUCAUAAGAUAGAUAAUUUAUUCUAUUUCACACAAUCCUGCAAAUAAGCGGUGUGAUAUGGAGAUAAUAUCCGUGUAUAACUUAUACACAAUUUCGCAAUAGCAUUGAUCGUAUUAAUAUAGUCUUGUUUUGCAAGAAGAAAAUGAUACAUCUUCAGUAGAAAUUAUUACAUUUCAGGAAAAAAAACAACUCCUGAAGGAUCUCCCGAAAAGGAAAUUGGAAGAACGUAAUUUAGUCUACCAAUUUUCACCUCUGCUGCAUGACUCUAUUGGAGCUCGAGAUGACAACUAUGGACACGAACAACAACAAUACAGGGGGCGUGAUCUCCUACAUCGGCUCAUGCGGCGGCUCGCCGAGCCGCACCAGCCCGGUGUCCAUGUACAGCGAGAACUCCAACAGCAGCUUCCAGUCGCUGGCGUACUCCCAGCCGUCGUUCGGAUCGUCCUUCCCGCCCUCUCCCAACGGCUCCCACGACUCCUCCCGGAUGUACCCCGGCAGCUCCAGCUCCAGCUCCAGCUCCAGCUCCAGUUCCGGGUCCGGGGAGGACGGGAGCUCCUCCAGCUCCGGCGGCUCCCCGCGGGGACGCGACGAGGUCGUGAGCUCCCGCUCCUCCCCCAGCAAGUCCGUCGCCAGCCUCACAAAGCUGAACGGGAUGGUGCUCCUGUGUAAGGUGUGCGGGGACGUGGCUUCAGGAUUCCACUACGGAGUCCACGCCUGCGAGGGCUGCAAGGGCUUCUUCCGCCGCAGCAUCCAGCAGAACAUCCAGUACAAGAAGUGCCUGAAGAACGAGACCUGCACCAUCAUGAGGAUCAACCGCAACCGCUGCCAGCAGUGCCGCUUCAAGAAAUGCCUGUCCGUGGGCAUGUCUCGCGACGCCGUGCGCUUCGGCCGCAUCCCUAAGCGCGAGAAGCAGCGCAUGCUGGCGGAAAUGCAGAGCGCCAUGAACAACAUGGUCAACAACCAGCUGCAGAGCGAGUUCCAGCUGGCCAGCCUGACGUCGACGGCCUCCUCGCCCCCGACCCUGGCCCUGGCCCCGCAGGCCGCCCAGCUCGCCCCGGCGCAGCCUCUCCUCGCCCCACCCCCGUCUCCCCCCGGCCCCGUGGCCGUGUCCCCCCCUCCCCCGAUGGCCCGGAGCCCACCGCCGCCCGUCCCCUCCCCGCCGCUGUGCCCCAGCCCCGGCGUGGACACCACCAUCACCGCCAUCGCCCGGGCCCACCGGGAAACCUUCGUCUACGCACACGACAAGCUGGGCCUGGGCAUACGCCUGCACAACGGCGGCGAGCUGGACAACUGGGAGGCCAACCGCUGCUCGAGCGGCUACCACCUCAACGGCCUCAACACCAUCUACCACCACGACAACAACGUGCCCAUGCACGAGGCGCAGCCGCAGAACGUCUGCCACCUGCCGCCGUCGGCCCUCAACGGGCACCAUCACAGCUUCCCGCACCAGAACAAGGGCCACCGCCUCUGCCAGAACAGCAAUCUGUACGGGGGCCAGCACGGCCAGGAGCACGGGCUCACUCAGCAGGGCCAGAACUGCCCCUGGAAGAAGCACAAGGACAUCCUACUGGCCUGCCCCAUGAACAUGCACCCGCAGGCAGACCCCAAGAUGUCCGCCCAGGAAAUCUGGGAGGACUUCUCGCUCAGCUUCACGCCGGCGGUGCGCGAGGUGGUGGAGUUCGCCAAGCACAUCCCGGGGUUCAGUGAGCUCUCGCAGCACGACCAGGUCACCCUGCUGAAGGCCGGCACCUUUGAGGUGCUCAUGGUCCGCUUCGCCUCCCUGUUCAACGUAAAGGAGAAGACGGUGACCUUCAUCUCGGGGGCCACCUACAGCCUGGAGGCCCUGCACGGCAUGGGCAUGGGCGACCUGCUGGGCACCAUGUUCGACUUCAGCGAGAAGCUCAAUGGUCUGGAGCUGUCGGCCGAGGAGCUGGGCCUCUUCACCGCGGUGGUGCUCGUCUCAGCAGAUCGCUCCGGCAUCGAGAACGUGAACUCGGUGGAGCUGCUCCAGGAGAGCCUGAUCCGCGCCCUGCGCGCUCUGGUGAGCAAGAGUGCGCCCUGCGACGCCUCGCGCUUCACCAAGCUGCUGCUGAAGCUGCCCGACCUGCGCACCCUCAACAACAUGCACUCGGAGAAGCUGCUGUCCUUCCGCAUCGACGUCUGAGCCGCCGACGACGUUCCAACCACCGCCGUUGGGCCGCACGGCCCCCCGUCCCGUCCCCACGGGGGUCGGAGAGGGUAACGGAGGGGGGGUAACGUAACGGGACUGGCUGCUGCUGUUCCCCCCUCCUCCUCCUCCUCCUCCUCUUCCUCCUCCUUCAAGGGUUCCCCCUCCCGCCUUCAGAGUUCCACCUCCUUGUCGAAUCGAUCCACGCGUCGUCCCCGUCGCGGCGGCGGGGGGCGAGCGAGGUCCGGUGCGUCCGCACUGCAAGCGGGUGGGACUCGGAAGCAUCGGGUUGGAGGGUGUGGACCCCGAAACGGACAGGGGGACCGACGGGAACCCGAGGCCGGCUCGGUGAGCGGCGCCGGCCGAGGUCGCAUUCCCCAACCGGGCCGGGCCUCUCGGGCCGGGCCGAACCGCCGAGGCCCACCGCAAAGACUACAAAAAUAGGUCCAAGAUGCGAAAAAAAAAAACCAGUCGAGGUUCAGGGACUAAAAAAUCGGCGUGGGCUAGCGUUCUAGCCGCACACCAGACGGGGUGCUAAGAGACCUGCUUUUCCAGUUCCUAUGGCGAUCAGUCAUCGGACCAGAUGCCCCAUUUCCUUCCAGACGAGCGAGAGAGUGAGCGAGCGAGCGAGAGAGAGAGAGAGAGAGAGAGAGAGCAGGCACCAAGCAUCAACAGAACGCCAGAACCGGGGCAGAACUCUCAAUACACUCGUGGGUCCUUAUCCUUCCAAGCGCCUGCUAUAUGCUUACAAACUUUAUAUUUUACGAGUACUAUCGAUUAAUGUUGUGGUAUGUGGAAUAUCACACACACAUGUUCGUGUAUAUUGAAAACCUAUGACUUUGUACAUAUGUAAAUCUCUAUAAAUAUAUAAAUACUUGCAGUGUUUGAAAUUGUAUUAUUUUUUUUGGUUAAAACGGAAAGCUCAAGGUACAAAGUAUGUAUGAGGGAUGUAAAUAUAUGUAUAAAAAUAUGUAUAAACAAAAUCAAGUGGUGUGCAUAUAUAUAUAUUAUAUACGCUAUAUUUUCUUGUGUUCUAUACAUUGUAAAGACAUUUGAAAAGCCCAUUUUGAUUCAUUGUACAUUCUCUGUACAUGCCAUUUUAGUUUUUGGGGUGGGGUGGAGGAUGUUGUUGGGCUUCAGGGUCCAAUUUCCUCAAGUUUAUAGGGCGGGACAGGAAAUGAAGUCGAUCACUCAAAAUACCACUUUAAAAACAAAUGCAACCCUCAAUCAAAAGCUUGUUUGUUUGUUCAACUACAAAACAGGAAAUACCUGAAAUAAAAUUAUAUAUGACAUCGUAAA